AUGCCGUUACGCACCAGGACGGUGAGACGUCGUAUUGGCCGGCGGGAGUAUAAGCUCGGAGCCGGGGUACAGACCAGACUGUUCCGGAACUUCAGCGCCUUCUGCUGCCGCUUCGCCAACGUCGAUGGUAACGGGCUUCCCGGAAGUGACUCCGCAGCUGGCGCCACUUUGCAGAGGCCCAGGAUAGGGGGCGGCCGUGGUGCCCGGGUCCCCGCUGGCCGUAUCGAGACCGAGAGUCGUGCCGACCGGACCAGCACCGCCGAGGCCAUCAUGUGGGGCUGUAUGAUCAAGCCCUGA